GUCCGGCAAUUUGCUACUACGUUAAGAGUUAGUGACGGCAGCUCGAACUCAACGAGCAUUAGCAAGCUCUGCUUUUAAACUCUGCUUUCCUCCACUGCUCAUCAGCUUUUCACUUGACCACUUACUUUCACCGCUGCUCUCAGCUCUUUACCCCGUUCUUUCGCCUCUUUACUUAAACCUCUUGCAUACUUUUGGUUAUUUCCCUUCGGCAGAGCAAUCAUGAUGCAUCUUUUCAUGCAGUACUCAGUACUGGCUUUGACGUGUUUAUCCUCUUUUGCAUCUGCCUCCGCGGUUCCCCAUGGACAUUAUUCUAAAAAGUCUGGUGUAAAAGCUGCAUUAGGAGGCGCUGUACACACCGCGACCGGGGGAUACCACAAUACAGCUUACUUUGUCAACUGGUGAGUGUUUCUUCUUGCCAUUUUUUUUAUCUGGUGGCAAAUGUGUCCUCUAACUGGUUUCACUAUAGGGCAAUCUAUGGACGAGACUAUCAACCUCAACAAUUGCCGGCCUCCAAGCUGACCCACACCAUAUACGCAUUUGCUAAUUUGAAAACGGAUGGCACAGUGUACGUCUACCUCCCUUCCCAGAAACAUUUUCCAAUGCAUACUAACCUAAAAUCAGGUACCUCUCCGACACAUAUGCCGAUCUUGAGAAACAUUAUUCCACUGAUUCCUGGAAUGACACCGGAACCAACGUUUAUGGUUGCAUUAAGCAACUUUACCUACACAAGAAACACAAUCGCAAGAUGAAAACUCUUCUAAGCAUCGGCGGUUGGACGUACUCAGCAAAUUUCGCUGCUGCCGCUAGUACAGACGCAACUCGUGCACAAUUUGCCUCGACAGCCGUGCAAUUUGUUCAAGACCUUGGAUUUGAUGGCAUUGACAUUGAUUGGGAGUAUCCUGCCAAUGAUGUCGAAGCUGCCGAUUUUGUGCUUCUCUUGAAAGCUAUUCGCUCUGCUCUUGAUACAUAUGCCGCACGCUAUGCUCCUGGCUAUCAUUUCCUUAUCACUGCUGCAACCUCUGCCGGUCCAGACCACUACAAUGUCCUUCAUAUGGCAGAUAUGGAUAAGUACCUUGAUUCCUGGCACUUGAUGGCGUAUGAUUAUUCUGGGUCCUGGGAUAACACCACUGCUCACAACGCGAAUCUAUAUCCUAGUGUGCUCAACCCAAAAAGUACACCAUUCUCGACACAAAGGCCCAUCGUUGACUACGUCGCCAAGGGUGUUCCAAUUUCCAAGAUAAUCAUGGGUCUACCAAUCAAUGGGAAGUCAUUUUUGAAUACCACGGGAUUAGGAAUGCAAUCCAGUGGUGGUGGUCCAGGAUCAUGGGAGACCGGAAUAUAUGAUUACAAGGUCCUGCCUCGGGCCGGUGCCACCGAAUUUUAUCUCCCUGAUGUCGUUGCAACUUACAGUUACGACAAUGUUACUAAAGAACUCAUCAGUUAUGAUAACGUCAAGUCGGUCUCCAUGAAAACGAAAUACAUUAUGGCUAGCGGAAUGGGUGGUGCAAUGUUCUGGGAGACUAGUGCGGACAAGACCGAUGAUGGAAGUCUCAUCUCAACGACCGCCCGAAUUUUCCCCGCUUUGGACCAGACCCGGAAUCUGUUGACGUACAAUGCGAGUGCAUAUGCAAACAUGGCAGCAGGUAUGCCUGGUGAGUAAGCUUGCGAUGCAUUUAGGGGGCAGAGAGUUUGUUCGGCUAUAGGCAAGGCAGGAGAUACCUCGGGUUUAGUUUAUCAUCUGGCGUAUAUAUGGCGUCGCUUUACCAUUUUCAUCAAGUAGAAUAUUUUUAAUUUCAUUACAUAUAUUUUAUUAGACUUGGCUUUCCGACACAACACG